CGUAAACAUCAAUUCUAAACCAUAUGAUCGCUUGUCAUCACAAUCCAGGAUCGCUUGUGAUCAAAGAUCAAAGGCGGGAGUUGCCCGUCUCUAAUCGGGUAAUUAGCUAUUAGCGCGAGUAAUUAAGAAUGCGUAAAUCGAGUGUCAUCCGAUUGACGAUGUGAAUAGUCUUUCAUGAGCAGUAGCAUAAUUUCUACAUCUCAUGGAUGCGAUUGAACGCCUAAUAAUUAUUAUGAUAAUUUCGCUUAUUAAAAUAUUCUCUCACACAAGAUGCUGAUUAAUUCAAUCAUAAAAAGCGUUAUUGCGUCUCGCUGAGAAGGCGUGAACAGAGAAAGGAUAUCUGAUUUACGCCUGUUUAGCGUAAUCUAGCACCUCUUAUGAAAGAGAAACUUCUCUUUGUUAUUAGUUACUGUAAUUGAUCAGGAUGUCUGAGAACGCUCACACCAAGGAACAGUGGCAACUUCUGCAGAGUUUACGAUCCACUGCGGAAGGUCUAUUGAUCGAUGGAGUGGCCAAUGUGUGGAAUGUUUACGGUGGCCUAAAUCGGUUGCACAAUGCUAUGGAGCGGAUAUUUAAACAUGGCUGUCGCAUAUUCGACCCUAAUGGUGAGCCAGACUGUUGGAUAUUCAUUCAAGGACUGAAUUGGCUUCAGCCUUCUUUAGCAACAUCACCAGUAUUAAUGGAAAAUGAGGAUUAUUUAUGCCAUUUACCAGCUAGAAUAACAUCUAAAAAGGACAUGUUGUGGUUAUACAAGAGUUUAGAAAGUCACUCUUUAUCACAUAAAUUAUCAUGGCUUCUAUCAGAUAAGGAACAUUUACUAUCUUGUCUGGAACCAUGGGCCUUUCUUUGCCAAGAGAAUCUGGCAGAAGCAACACUUCUUUGUUUACGAGCAAUUGAGAGAAACCAAUCUGUGCUGCUCACAGAAAUUGAUCCUUGUUUAUUUCUGCCAACGUGGCAAUCGCCUAAAACGAGUCCCAGACGACAUCGUCGCUCGUCCUCCUAUCCGGUCAAUCUUUCUGGCGCUAAUCAUAUUCUUGCACAUGACAAGAGCGAGAAAAGACUCAAUAGAUUCUUGAAGGUUUCAAUGCAAUCUUCUUUGACUCCUUCGACGCAGUCUGUGCCCCAUGAAAUGGACAGCGUCGACAGUCAGACAUCAAAGCCUGCACAAAUUACUAUUGACGACAACGCGCAAAGUGAUUCCCAAAUCAAUAAUGACAUACCUCUGAAAACAUGGAACAGUCUGCCUGCUUUGGUCAAGAGUCACAGUAGUGUUGCAGUGGACAGUUCAGCCGCGACUUCGCCAACUAUUCAAGAAAGCAGCGACAAUAGCAACAAAAGUAAUAACCGCCCUUGUGAAUUAGCGAAGAUCAUCAAUAUCAAUUAUUCCGAGUUAAAGCAACCCCUCGAUUCCAACAUAGAUAGGCUUAUAACAAAGCCCAAAACACCCAUUAGGAAGACAAGAAGCAGGACGAAAGGCAAACAUAGCCAGAAUAAAAGAAUCUCUGCAAAUCCGGAAGCUUAUUCGAGCAUUCAUGGAAAGGAAAUGAAAAACACAAUCGAAGAGACGCGGCCGAUAGUAAUGACAGCGGAAUCGGCGGAGAACAGGUUCAUGGAUCAGCUGUCGAGGCGCAGGAAGACGUCCUUCUUGGUAAGUUCGGCGCCUGAAUUCACGGGACCCUGGAGUCUCGAAGUGGAGGGUCAGAAGGACAUCCGUACGCCACGGAAGAGUUUCAUGGAGGACGGCGGCAGUAGUGUGCAGCCAAUGGCAACCGGUUAUUUUCCGCGUCCGGCAGAAGGCCAGAGUCUAACCAGUUUUCUAUCUUCGGCGCGAUUCUCGCGUGCCCACGACGCCGAGUUGGAUCGCGAGAAUGCGCACUUCAGCAUCUGCGAGGCGAUGAUCGCCGCUAUCGAACAGGUCAAGUGCAACCGGCUGCAACGGUUGCUGGACGCCGACGCGGUUGACGACGAGAGCGACGAGGAGAUCAAUCGGCUCAAGCAGCGGAUUCGGCUGCGACGUCGGCAGCGCCAGGAAGAAAGAUGUCGAGGUAAAGGCUGGAGCCGCGGGGAUCUGUUGAGCGAUGGUAGGACCGACACAACUACUACUACCGACCAGAGCGUCAGUCCAUUGUCUACGUCUCCGGAAAAUCCUUCGGAUAGCGUGUCCACGGAUGACUCUGAGCUGGACGACGAGCGAAAAUUCAGGAACGGCGACACCCUCGCGUCGACUACGUCAUUAUCUGACGCGGAACAGCGUCAGCCGAGGUUCGCAACGGAGUCGACCAUGAGCGAGAGCAGCGUGUCUGCUGAAGGGGUGGCUCUGUCCCUCAUCAGUCGCUUCAACGAGAAGCAGUUGCCUCGGGCUAGCGAGCUGCAGUGGCUGGUUUCCGAGAAGGACGCGCCCCAACGAUUAUUGCCGAUGCCGAAGAGUUGGCCGGUCAGCCCUGAUGAGAUUGAGAUCGAAGACACGCGGACAAUACCGCUGAGAGGAACCGUCGAAUGGGCCCCGCCGCGACCGCAGAUCAUCUUCACGCCUCAUCCACCGCCGGUAAGACGGACGUGGAUAGCGAAGCAGAAUUACAGAUGCGCAGGUUGCGGCAUGAAAGUUGCGGUGAAAUACGCCAAUCGAUUCCGAUACUGCGAAUAUCUAGGCAGGUACUUUUGCACGGGUUGUCAUACGAACCAGGUGGCAUUUAUUCCAGGAAAAAUUCUAUCAAAGUGGGAUUUCAACAGAUAUCCCGUAUCGAAUUUCUCGUACAGAUUACUGGACAAGAUGAUGUCGGAUCCGCUGUUCCAAGUAAACGACUUGAAUCCGCUAUUGUACAGACGAAUAAAACAAUUGGACAGAACGCGAAUCCUGCGCACAAAGUUAUUCUUUUUGAAAGACUUUUUAUUCACGUGUCGAUUCGCGAGUAGUGUUCAAAAUAUGCUGAAGAAGGAGCCGAAUUACAUUAUAAGCGAUCCGCAUGUAUACUCGAUUCAAGAUCUAUUAAACAUAAAGUUUGGCGAGCUGUAUGUCAAGUUGCAGGAACUCGUUCAAAUUUGUUGUGCGCACACUGCAGAUUGCGAGCUGUGUCAAGCUAGAGGAUUUGUGUGCGAGUUAUGCUGUUCCAAAGAUGUCAUCUUCCCGUGGGAUUUGGCAAAGGUGAUACGAUGCGAAAAAUGCGGUGCAUGCUUCCAUACGGAUUGCAAGCAGGACUCUGACAAGCUCGAAUGCCCUCGGUGCAUAAGGUUACGCGCCAGACGAAUUUCGAGAGAUGAAAAACCCUGACGAAUGACGACGGCGUUUUUUGCCACGCCAUUCAGAGUGGGAUACGUAUAUUAAAUCAUCGUCGAUAGAUCUUAGAGAUUUAUUCUCUUAUAUAUCUGUCUCUCAUCCUCUUCUAAUAAGACUCGUCAGAUCAGAUACAAAAUUUUAGAGCAUUUUAUAGAUGUUUUUUAGAUUUAUAUGUUGUCUGAGAUAUUGUUAUAUACUAAUUAUAUUUAUGUAAAAACUACACAUGCAAUACGUAUUCGAGAAAUGAAAAUUCUUGGAUACGCAACUCGUUACGAUAUCAUAGAGCAAUUUAUGAUAAUUAGUCAUGUUCGAGUUCAAUUCUGAUUUCUGACAUAUUUGACACGGAGAUAUUAGAAAAGUUAUAGAUUACAUUUAGAUUACAUAACUUAUUAUAGUUAUAGAUUAUCUAUAAGAGAAAGUCAAUACUUUAAUUCUCUGCUGCACUGCGGAAAGAAUACUAUUUGUGCCUCAGUCUCGAAAAGAAGAAUGUUGAAUGAAUGAGACGUACACAUUAUAGUGAAGACUGAAGCACUGUGAUAUAUUACAUGUCAGAUUUCGAUUGUUUUGGAAUCUAAAAGAACAACUUUAGAAAUGUCCACAGGAUGAUUUUUAAAUCUUCCUUGGAAUCUGAUGUCUUGGAAGAUCGAUUUACAUCUUAUAAUUAAAAAAAAAGAUAUAAAUCAAAUAACUCAUUAAACAAUAUAAGAACAAGUGUAACGUGGCACAUUUUUCACAAUAAAGAAAGUAUACACAUAA